AUGGCGACGCCACAGCACACUCCUCGUGGUCGAGGUUUUGACCAAAGCUUUCUCUACUACCAACACGCCAAUGAUUACUGGAACAAGAAGACAGGCAUUCAAGCCACCGGUGAAAUCACAUCCUGCUUGAAUGCCUUCUAUGACAUCAUGACUGAGAACGACACGUACCGUGGGCCAUACCGAGGUGCAGACCUCACCGACGCAUGCAAGAACAGUACCGAGCGAGCUCCAUUCUGCUACGAAGAGAAAAUGUUCGAGGAGCGUUCUUUGCAGAUCAUCCAGGCGCACAAUGCGUCUGACGUGGACCAUCCGCUCUUCCUGUUUCAUGCCUUCCAUCUCCUGCACACGCCCUUGCAGAUACCAAAGUUCUACUACAGCAAAAUUGCUGAGAUAGUUGCACAGCAGGGAGGUCAGGUGAUCGACUCGGAGAAUCGCCGGAAGCUCAUGGCAAUGACCAUGUACCUAGAUGACACCAUCAAGAAUCUCACGGAUGCUCUCAAGUCCAAGGGCAUGUGGGAAAACACCCUGCUGGUCUUUACCACGGACAAUGGUGGCCCCAUCUAUGAGCCUGGGUCGGCAAACAACUACCCGCUGAGGGGUGGAAAGUACUCUGACUUUGAGGGUGGCGUGCGCACCAACACCUUCAUCUCGGGGGGCUUCAUUCCUCCAUCCAGUCGUGGCAGGGUCCACAACGGCAUUGUCUCCGUUGCAGAUUGGUACACCAUCUUCUCAGAGCUUGCGGGAGUUGACCCUCAUGAUGCGCAGGCUGAGGCAGCCAAUGUUUGGUUGAAAGCAAGGAAUCUCACCACGCUGGCACCGGUGGACGGCAAGCAGGGGCAGCUUGACGCUAUCUUCCAAGGGGCAGCGGGUCCCCGUGCCAACGAGUCCUUGUUCAUUUCCGGAAAUGCCCUCCUGUCCUACCCUUACAAGCUUGUGACAGGCAAGCAGCCCUACAUGGUCCACACUGGCCCGCUCUAUCCAAAUUGUAGCACUGUGGGUCACUUCAUGGCUGGGGGGGGUCCAGACUUCGUUGACUUCGGAGUCUUGGAAGAGAAGAUUGACUUGGGAGAUGAUCAUUAUUGGAGAGGCGAUUGCGGACAUGGGUGCCUGUUCAACAUUGAGGAUGACCCGCAGGAAAGCCAGGAUCUCUCCAAGGAUCCCAAGUACCAAACGCAACUGACGCAGAUGAUCGACACGCUGGCAGAGAUGAACAAGACCUUGUUUUUGCCCGAGCGUGGUGAGACCGAUGUGAAGGCGUGCUAUUCUAUCAUGCUGAAGGGUGGAGGGCAUUUCGGACCUUUUGUGGACAUCGGGUCCUACUACUCUGAGCCGCCAAGGUCGUUAGAUGAUCUGAGUGCGCAUGAGAAGCUUCAGAUGACAGCCAUGGGAAUGACUGAGAUACCACCUUUGAGGGAAGUGAUCCAGAAGUACUUGCCCAAACUUGCUCUCGGGCUCUUGGAGAAGACGACCGACAAGUGUUGCUCAGCUAGCUCCUGCAACAUGGCUUCUGAGAGCGAGUUCCUGGAUGCAACUGGCAUGGUCCUGAAUGCUAGCCAGAAGCUGAGUCUGCCAACUGGCAGGAUCGUGACGGACCAUGGGCUGCAGCUGAAGUCCCUGCGGCAAGAGUAUGAAGCACUUCAGCAGGAGACCAAGGCUUUGCGUUCUGUAUUAUCCUCUGCAGGUCUUUGGGACAAAGCUGAUAGCAAACCUGAAGUCAGUCCCGCGGAUUCCCCAACUGCUUCGGCAGACGACGUCCUGGCAAAGCUGACCCCACAGAGCGCUUCUACCGCUCCUUCUGGGAAGAGGCCUGGCCCUUCCGGAGGAUACCCGGUACGGCACACUCAGGCGUCGGCCACAACGUCCUCUGCAGCCAAGGCUGAGCCAGCUGGCUCAAGCAGCGCGUGCAGCACAUCUGCUGGAAGCGAAUGUUCGGGCAGCAGCAUUGCCUCCAGCAUCCGUCGAUCCAGCAGCAAUGGCAGCAUAGGUGCCGUCCGCAAGAAGACUUGUGCCAAGGCACGGGCCAAAGCUGAGACCCACAAGCCCGAAACGCUCGAUGCCAGCGGCGGGGCCUUCGGUGCUUGGGGAGGCAGUGAGCACACUGAGCGCGGGGAGCGCGGGGAGCGUGGGGAGCGGAGAGUCAUUGGCAAGGCUGCCACGCCGCGGGGCAGCAGCCCUGGGCGGCAGAUGUCACAGUCUGCUUCGAAGGAGGCCACACCAAGAGGCUCAGGAUCCACUCGGAGGGCCUCGAGCGGAUCCCCCAUGCGGCGGUCCCGGCCCAGUGCUCCUCCCAACUUGUACCAUGCAGCGCAGCCACUGCUGGAGCCCUCCACGUCCAAGGAAAAGCGAGCUGUGGCGCUGGGCGCCGCUUUGCCGCACACAUGGGAGGGCCCUGAGACGCCGCUGCGGGCUGCGGUGCAGGCCAAGAGCCCUGGGAUGGCUCAGCUGCUGGUAGAGGCCAGGGCGAAUCCCAACGAGAAGGACGCAAAAGGCGUGUGUGUGCUGCAUACAGCAUCCUUCGACGGGCUCGCGGACAUGUGCCGGACGCUUCUGCAAGCCAAAGCGGAUGCGAAUGCAGCAGACCAGCAUGGCCAGACAGCACUCUUCUUCUCGCCUGUGAGCUCGGUGUGCGAUGUACUGAUCGAACACAAGGCGAGCGUCAACGCCUUGAACCAGAAGGGUCAGUCGGCCUUACAUCUGGCUAGCCGGGCGGGUCUGACGGAGGUUCUGGUGUGGCUGGCGCCCCGCGUCAGUCGAGAAGUGGUGGACAUGCGAGACACGCAUGGUGCCACCGCCGCAUACUAUGCAAGACAUGCCGGAAUUCCUAGCGACUUUUUGGUGAA